AUGGCACCCAAGAUCUCCACAGCACAGCGCCGUCUGUUGAAGGAAUUCCAAGAACUUCUAAAGUCUCCGACCGAUGGCAUUGUUGCAGGUCCCAUUACGGAAGACAACCUUUUCAGAUGGCGCUGUAUUUUGGAAGGUCCUCCCGGUACAGUUUAUGAAAACGGUGUGUUCGAAGCGGAGAUGGAUUUCCCGGCAGAUUACCCGCUGUCCCCGCCCAAGAUGAAGUUCACAUCCGAGAUCCUUCACCCAAACAUCUAUAAAGACGGCACCGUGUGCAUCAGCAUCUUACACCCACCAGGAGACGACCCACUACAGUAUGAGUCGGCAGACGAGAGGUGGGGCCCUUUGCAAAGCGUGGAGAAGAUCCUGUUAAGUGUGUGCUCGAUGCUGGCUGAACCGAACCCAAACUCACCCGCCAACAUCGACGCUGCAAAGCUUUGGCGUGAGAACCGCGACAAGUUCGAUGAGAUUGUUCGGGCCCAGGUGCUUAAAUCUCUGGACUAAACCGACGCGUCGAUCCACACCCCUCGCUCGGUAUUUGAUUUAUUUUACUUAUUUCCAUUAUCAAUUAUGUCCACCCAACGAAAGCUUGCGCACCACUCAGAGGAGCGCAUUGGCCGAUUACGGUCGGUCAUCCUCAAAUCUAUUUUUAUUGGCGGCAUGUACGGAGCGUUGAUCUCAGUUCCCACGGAAUUGCUCCUCAGGUGGAGGUCUCCAUUCUAUCGGGCUUUCGGAUUGCGGAUCCGCAUUUUCUACCACACUAUUUGGAUUGCUGCAGCGGCAUCCUUCCGUACCGAGCGUGCUGUGCUUGAGUUUGAGAACGUGGUGCGUCGCGAGGAGGAACUUCGUCGACAACAGCUUAUAGAGGACAGCGUGAUGAGUGGCAGCUACACGCAAGAACAGGAGGGCGUGCGGUUACCUAGAACAUAAAUAGUCUAGCUUACAUGUAAUUAAGGUCGACAGGCAGCUGCAAGUCGUCGAAUAGUCCCUCGUAGUCCUCGAAGAUAUUCGUUUUCACAAUCCAGUCGUUCCAGAUAUCCAGCUCGGAGGACGGCAUAGUCGCGUCGACCGAUCUUUGAAAUUUUUGGAAGAGAGAGUCCUCCGUCUCGUUAGCGGGCCAGAACAGCGCAUAUUCUGUGACAGCUACGAAAUGCGGCGAUUUCGUGAAUUCUGAGAGCUGGUUGUUGAGAUCGUUGAGUCGUUGCAUGGUAAUAGAGGCUAGCAGGUUUGGAGCAGAUUCCAGAGCCGGGUUUUUGAGAUUAAACACUGGCUCUCCUUUAUUCUCCAGGAUCAGCAUCAAAUAGCUAUACGUUUCAUACAGCC